UUUUUGUCUUCUUUUCUUUUUAUAAUUUGAUUUGUUUCAAUGGGUAUUCUCAAUUUUCAAUUGUAAUUGUGUUUUGAUUACAAUAUACCAGUUGAGAUGAUGGGUUCUUAUACUGGUAAGAAAACAAUGGAUAAUUGUUUGGGAUAUGAAUUCUUGAUUGCUGCAGACUUUUCAAUUUCAGUAUUGUUAUUUUUUGAUGAUAUCAUCUCUCUAAUUUUGGUUUUAUAUUAAUUGGGUUUUUGUUUUUGUUUUCUCACCCAUUUAGAAUUGACAAUCUUGUUUAUUUAACAUAUGCACGUCUUGAUGGAAUUGUUGGGGGUGGUUGAGUUUUAUGUAGAGAGAUGAACUCAGGUUUAAAUAUAUUUGGAUUUGAUGUGGUGGAUAGUGAUGGCUUCAGGAACUAAUUGUUAAUAUAGGGAAGUGACUGUAAUUGGUUCUUUAUAUAUAUAUAUUACUUGGACUUCCAAUAGCCAGAGAAAAGGUUUUGAGAGAUACGGCGGGGUUCUUGGAUACAGUUUUGUAUGGAAAAUCCAAAGCAUUACUUUCUGCUAAGCGGAAACAUAAAAUUGUUCUUAUAGUCUCAAUUGUCACACUCGUACUAUUUUCAAUCUAUGUUGAAGUUUACAGUUUGUGUCUUUAUAUAUUCCAGGAAAAAGGGAAGCAGAAUCGCAUCAGAGAGCAUCAUCCGGAUUGAAUACUAGUAUGAUUCUUCUUUGCUCUUGCGGUUUUUACUCUAUGUUUCUCUUUAGUUUUGUUUUGAAAUUCAUUGUCUUCUGUAGGUGAUUGUUGAAAGUGCUAAAAAGAGUGAUGCAACUGAUCGAUAUUGAGAAGAACAAGUUUUGUUGAGCUCACUUCAAUCCAAAAAUUGCUUUAGUAUUACACAAAAGGUGUCCAGCAAGUAGUUGCGCAAAAUUCAAAAGCAUGAACACUGCUAAUGCUAGCUAAGUGUUAAAUCUGAUCAGUAGUCUUCAUCAUGGUGCUACAAUUGUAGUGAUGAUGUGAUGAUCAUUUUUGAGGUUUGGCUGAUCUCCAGACUUCAACCCAGAACUUGCUCUAGUAUCAUUAAAAAGAAAGGUAAAAAUGUGUCUUUUGUUGAGAAUUGGAGCGCUAUGCAUCAACAUCGUGACGGUCAAUGGAUCAACGAAGCAGCUGAACAAACUGGGAAGAAAAUGUUAGGAGAAUUGAAUCAAACAAAGGAGAAGUUAGCUGAAGUGCUUGGGGCUGCCUCACUUGAUGAAAUAGAAGUUCCCGUCUCUAUGCAGUUGGAUAUCUUGGCAAAUGGCGUUGGGGUUGCAAAGGGUAGAGGCAUUCGCGGUCUGGGCUAUGGUCCACGGAAGGAACCCGUCCAUUAUUCUGAGAGUGAUAAAUCUACAAAUACUUCAGUGACAGAACAAAAGGUGAUUGAGCUGACAGCCACGGUGGAAAAGCUUUUGAGGCAUAUCAGUCACAUAGAAGAGCAACUUGCUACUGUUGAAGGGUAUAAUGUUCAUUAUUCCAGUGAUGAUGAUGAUGAUUAUGAUAAUGGGGAUGAUGAUGAUGAUGAUGUGAAUAUCUAUGGGGAUGAAGAUGAGGGUGCAGACUAGCUAUUAGGACCUUAAUGUUGUUUUCCGAUGGAACUUUAGUUUUAUAUUAUUAAACUAGAAAACUUGUUUUUGCUACCUAUUGUCUAUGUAGAAGUGUAGAAACGCAAAACUUCACUUUCUCUGUUAUACUAUCUUUUCAUUUAUUCAAUGCAAUUAAAUACUUUUUUAUUUAGUUU